AUGGAUUCUUUAUCACCUAUCUGCCGUGAGCUGGCCUCGCCUGGGGUCUUUCAAACUGUUCUUUCAGUUUUGAUCAUUUUUGGCAUCUUUGUUUCCUAUUUACCACAACAUAUUCGAAUCAUUACUCGUCGAAGCUCGUUUGGUAUAUCACCCUACUUUAUACUGCUGGGUUUUACUUCUGGUACAUCUGCUUUUGCCAAUAUCCUCGUGUUUCCCAAGACUGCCCAGGAUGUCGCUUGCUGCCAUGAGAUCAGAGGUAUAGCUUGCUUUGCAGGGCUACUCGGUGUCUUCCAGAUGAGUAUGCAGUGGCUUUCCUUCUUUUUAAUUCUACUCCUCUUCGUCAUCUACUUCCCCAGAGCCACUUCUCCCACCAACCCAGUCGCAUCCGUCUCUACAAACCCUAGCGGACCAACACACCGUACUGCAAUCUCUAUCGCUGCAAUCUGUGUUCUCCACGCUGUAGUCACAGUGAUAAUUUCCGUCGCACUCGCUCUUCGACAACCCUCCGCUCUCGCAGCAUGGGCGAAUUUCCUUGGCAUCUUAGCUGCUAUCCUAGCAUCCAUUCAGUACUUCCCACAGAUAUACACGACCCUCCGCCUACAAUGUGUUGGAAGUCUGAGUAUUCCAAUGAUGUGUAUUCAGACACCAGGAAGCUUGGUCUGGGCAGCAAGCCUGGCAGCGCGAGAGGGUCUCAAGGGCUGGAGUAUAUGGGGUGUGUUAGUAGUUACAGCUUCUCUGCAGGGUACCCUGCUGAUGCUGGCGAUCUACUUUGAGUAUUUUGGUCCAAACCGUCACCGCAAGGGAAGUGUGAGUGGUGGGCCUGGUGACCAAAAUGGUGCUCAAUCGAAUGGAUUUACAGCAUCUCCAGAGAGGUCUGAGGCCCCAACGCAGAGACCUAUUUCAGCUGGACAGCCUUCUGAAGAAACACCGCUGUUACAAAGUCAGUGA